AUGGCGGCCGCGGCUCAGGCGCUGAGCGGCUCCGGGCUGCUCCUGGCCGCCGCCGCCCUCGCCCUCCUGGCCGUGGCCAUCGGCACCGACUCCUGGUACGAGACGGACGCGCGGCGGCACCGUGAGCGCUGCCGCGGCUUCGGCCACAAGCGCAGCGACCCGCCCGGCUCCAUGUCGGCGCCCAGCUCGCACCUGCCGCUCCGCGCCCGGCCCCCGCGGGCCCUGCUGCCCGGGCGGCCCCCGGCCCCCGCCCCGGCCGCCGCCGCCGCCGCUCUGGACUCGCACUGCGGCCGCCGCUUCAACUCCACCGUCUCGGGGCUCUGGAGGCGCUGCCACCGCGCGGGCUACGAGCCGGACAGCGAGGAGCUCAUCCGGAAAGGAGUUAUUCAGCGCUGCACUGCUGUGAAGUACCACUACACCUCCAGCUCUCUGCCUCGCAACUUACCCAUCAACAUCACGAACACCAUCCGGCAGGAUGAGUGGCAUGCGCUCCAUCUGCGGAGGAUGACAGCUGGCUUCAUUGGCAUGGCAGUCUCCAUCAUCCUGUUUGGGUGGAUCAUUGGUGUGCUGGGCUGCUGCAAACAGCAGGAGCUCAUGCAGUACGUGGCUGGGCUGCUCUUCCUCAUGGGAGGUACAUGCUGUAUCAUCUCACUCUGCACCUGCGUAGCUGGGAUCAAUUUUGAGUUAUCUCGCUACCCUCGCUACGUCUAUGGGCUGCCGGAAGACAUCAGUCAUGGCUAUGGCUGGUCCAUGUUCUGUGCCUGGGGAGGCCUGGGCCUCACCCUGCUGGCUGGGUUCCUCUGCACAUUGGCCCCCUCACUCAACACCUCUCGGGCAGCCGUACAAAAACCCAGACAAGAAAAUGGGGCCGUGUGA